AUGGAUUUUCUGGGGAUUAGAGGAACAAAAGGUUUUUGUGUUCCAGAUUAUUUCAACUUUGCUGACGUUAUAGACGAGUGGGCACAAAAAGAAAAGGUAAGUAGAAAUGUUUAUAGAGAAGAUAAUUUUGUCGACACUCAUUGAAUAGCUUCAAAGAGAAUUAUUUUUCUCAGUUUAUCAUAGAACUGUAAAUACUGACUAAAUUCUUAUUUUAACCAAUGUUUGUCGUAGUCAUAUUGCAAUGAUUCUAAGUAAUAAAUGGUUUUUCACGAAACUUUCUACGUUGAAAUCUGGUUUUUUAGUGUACCCAUCUACACGAGUAUGUAUGAAAGUGUACAUGUGUCGAUGGCGUUAUCUCUAAGCUUUUUUAGUUCAAGGGUUGUUAUCAAGGUAUCUGAUAAACUAAAGAUUCGUUUGUGUACGAGGAAGUGGCAUUCAAAUAACUUGUUACACUUCUUGAAAUAAUCGAAAUUCAUUCUCAGAUUGAAAGAAAUCGUCUAACCCACAAUUUAAAGGUACUCUGUGUGGUGCAUACGAACGCUCGAGAAAGCGCAGAGUCCUGUUGUUAUGGUUUGUUAUGUCCUCAAGUCCCAGACGUAGGAUGAUAAUAGAAACUUGAUGGAUGAUAAAUUAUUUAUUUUUCGCUUCAUGGGUAUCUAAAAAUGUUGCAAAAACAACAACGUAAAAAAAACAGGCAAACAAAAAUUGCACAGAUUCGAAAACUGAAAAGCGAAAUGAUGUUGGUCGAACCACGUGUGACAGACUAAAAAUUAUUGACAUUGUCAUUUCUUUUUUUCUGAUGUCUGCUCAUCAUAUUACCACAUACAAAACCCGGUUGAUAAAAAAUCAUAAGUUUCUAUCCUUCAAUCAGAGAGGCAGAACAUUCUGAACAAAAUAAGUUGACAGAAUAUUCAUGUUUAGUUUCUUUUAAACGAGUUUCGUUUCAAAUAACCUGUCUCGUACGUCUUCAAGGACAAAGCUUUGGCCCUCUGUCAAUACACCAAAUGAAAAAAAGAUUUUUGAUGAUAAUUGAAAUAAAAAUAAAGACAAUAGUGAUAAUGACUAUACACCUACUAAUAAUAAUCAUAGUAGCGAUGAAAAUAAUAUUUAAUUUGAUUUUGAAUCUGCUUCUCUUGUCACUAUGAGUGUUAUACGAUUCCUGUUUAGCCGUAGAAAGUUUCUCCAAACUGUGAGGAUAUAGACGUAUAUAUGUUUUUAGAUUCUGUAGGUUCGAUUUCGGCCUCUCUCUGAGGUCCGGACAACGUUCCGUUUUAGGCUCAUUUCUUAAACAGCGGAUGGUUUCCCAUAUUACGCUCCUGAAUUCGGGUAUCUUUCAUGUUCUUACAGGAGGGCAAAAAACAAAGUGAUCAUCCAGCUCUGUGGUGGAUUGAUGGUGCUGGUAACGAGGUUAAGUGGACUUUUGGAGAUGUUGCUGUGAACUCUAAAAAGUAAGACACAUCCUUCUGUAUGCAAUUUACAAAGAGCAGCCAUAGUCUUAAUUUGCAGAGACCUGUAAAUACUUUCAAAAGAGUUGAGACAGCAUCUAUAAUUGUCAUUGAAUAGAAAACGUAAAAUCUUCAGUGCUAUGUCUCAUUCAUCAUAAUUGAUUAGGAGCCGGAAUGACUAAGGCGUUAAAAUAAAUGUCAGUGAAUGUAUCAAGCUAAUAUUGCAAAAUGGAAACAAGAUGUGACUGAGGAUCACUUCAUUUUACAUCUUCCUUGUUAUGUUUUCAAAAAGGUUAUAUGCGUACACAUUCCAAACUCGCUUCACUCUGAUAUUAAUGAAUAAUUUUUCUCUUGUUUUGAGAGCUGCUAAUCUUCUGUCUAAUGAGGCUGACGUCAAACCAGGAGAUCGUGUGAUGGUGAUAUUACCCGCAAUUCCAGAAUAUUGGCUGAUACAGGCGGCCUGUUUGAGAACAGGUACUGAAUAGAGCUUUUUCUUCAAAGAUAGACACUUACAUUGAAGUGGACCCGUUACUAUUAAUGGUUUAAGAGGAACAGACAAGUACAUUGAAGUGGACCCAUUACUAUUAAUGGUUUAAGAGGAACAGGGACACAAAAUUGAAAAACGAGAGGAGGAGGGGUUAUCUUCAGCGUUUUAUUGAGGGAAGUUUUGAAAGGAGAUACUCAGCCUAGUGGUUUACGGUCAAGUCGCCCGGAAGUUAUCUCGCUCGUAGCCUGAGUCAUGUCGCCCGAAAUAAAAAUCAAGUCGCCCAAUUUUUUCAUCACUUGUAAACACAUCAAAGUUGCAAAUUUUUAGAAAUCGCUGAAGGAACCGAUUGAUCAAAACACCCUUUAUUGUAUUUUCUUACAUUACCAAUCCUUCAACAGUGAAAUGUCACUGUAACAGCUGCCUCAUUCAAACGUUCAGCAUAUAUAACCAAAAUAGACAAAGAUUGUUUUUGUGACACUUUUUAGAUUAUACACUAUAACGCAAACAAAUUGGAGCUUAAACGUAAUGCAGUUCAAAGUUAAUGAAUUUUAUAUUCAUUUCCAGGUAGCGUAUUCUUGGUAAUGCCAACAAAUGUUGGUCCAAAAGAGCUUCACCGAAGAAUGUUAAAAUCAAAACCAGUGUGUGUGGUGGCAGCUCCUUGUGAUCAGGUCAAUAACGAACUACUGGAUGUGGUAGAUGAGGUGCGUCAUUCCUAAUUCAUUAAAUUUUAUUCUUUCGUUUCAUCGUCGGUAAAUAUUUAUUCAUCCACGGGGGAAGCCACUGGAAAACUAUUUUUCAGUGAAGUGACUCACGCCAUUUAGAUAUAAUUUCAGAGCUUCUGUUCUCCCUUUCCUUUCGGUGCAAAACAAAAUGGCUGUCGGUAGCUCUCGAGGUUUCUUCACCAAUAUCUAACAAAGAUAUCCUCCUGGUGAGAAUAAAUAUAAUUUCAAAUUUAACUAAUGUAUUUUCAAGAACUCUUGAAAAGUCUACUAGCUUCUUUCUUUGAACUAAAACUAAUAAUUUGAUAGAGCUUUGGUUGACGAUAGUGCGACUAUAACUUCACUGAAUUUUAAUACCAGUUUAACCGAAUUAAACUCCAUCGAUUAUCGCUAGACAUCUGUCAAAGCUCUUUGAUAUUAUAUUUUAUAUUAUAUAGGUAAAAAUAAAAUAAUGAUAAGAGAAGCGUUAGUAAUCAUAUAAUAGUAGAAUCACAAACUACGCUUACUUGGUUCCCGUUAAGAAGAAAGCGAACCCUAAUCUACUUCAGUUGAAGCAAAUGAAUGUCAAAUUCUUACUUAAGGUCCUUUGGGAUACAAAUCAGUCUGCAAUGUACACAGCAGCAGUCGGUUGAAUCAGUACACAUAUUUUUGGCGUUAGGGUUAUAGUCCUGAACAAUAGAUUUAAGUGAGUCGUCCACGAUCGUGAUAGAACACACAUCCAUGAAGACCGCGUCCUCUCUGAGUGUGCCAAUCUCACACACUCCAGCUGAAAUAUUUCAACGCAAGAAAAGUUGUAUUUUAACUUCAGACUUCUCCACUGUUCGACUUCGCCUCGGGAAUCAUUCGACAACAUUUCUCUCACGACAAAUAGCUAAUGUAUUUCAAAUCUUUGCCUCAAUAUAACGUUAUCCUCACGUAUCACUAAACUGCGCUGCAUCAGAUAUGUAAUAUUUUCCACAUGAUGUAUUGUAACAUUUUGGCACUGUGUUUUUUUAACGGAUCUUGUAUGUUUUCUAGCGCUAAUUUUUCACGAUAAGUGGCAACGUUAACCGUUGAUCUGUUACUUCUUCUCUGUUCUAGGUUUUUUGCUCUGCGGAAGUCGAUAUACGAAGCAGGAUUUUGGUCAACAGAAUGAAAUAUGAAGAAAGGUAACCUCAAGUUUUUAAAAGAUCUUUCAGUUCACUUCAAGAAAUAUCCUUAUGAAUUUCUAUCAAAAGGAUAACUCGUUGAAAAAAAAGACCUUUUUAUUUUGCAGGCGAAGAGAUUGGCUCUUAUUUGAAGAUCUCUUUCAAAAAGCAAGUGCUGAUUAUCACGUAUGUGAAUGAUUCAUACAUGAUUUUAUCCCUGCUUUCAGCCAGUGACUUCAGUAGCAGUACGGUACCCUUCUGACUGAUAUAGCUCUGCGGGGCAAAGUAAGCUGCGGAUGCUCUUUCAACAGGGGAACACACGACAGUGUUCUGGUUUGUCUCCCCUACUUCCCACCUAAAAAGGGCGCAGGGACAAGCCCUGACCUCGUAAAUAACGCAUUGAACCUCAGGUCGAGAGGUCCGAAUUCGAGCCUGGCCGGCUCGUGGCGUUUAAUUUUGCUCCCAGGCAAGAAAUUUCAUUCUAAUCACCCUUCUCUACCAUGGGGUAUCGAUGGGUACCUGCAAACUUUAAGGUAAACCACGCGAAAUCCCAAGAGAUAAGCUGCUUUGUCAUGCCUUUCCUUUUUCAUUAGUCCGUGAAGUCUCAAAGCUCAGAUCCUGUAAUUAUAUACCACACAAGCGGAACAACGGGGAAUUCUAAGAUGGUAGAACAUUCACAAGCCAGCACAGGCCUGUGUAGUGGUGGAAUGAGGAGGUACGUCGCUUGGUUGGUUGAGUUACUGAUAAAUUAAAAUAGAAGAAAAUGAACAUGAUUUGUCGAUGGCCAAUGUUUUUACAUCUUUUUUGUAACCAUGGUAAAAAGAAAAAAUAAUUGGAAAAGUGCAACCGCAAAGAAUAAAGCAAUUCUAAAAAGUAUUUAAGCCACCAAUCAAUUGACAGUUUUUGGAUCAUAGCGAUACCUGAGCAGUCGAAUGCCUGUGGCAUACUAAAUUAAUAAGUCGACAGCCUUAAUCGUACACAUUUACAUAUGGAGCAACAAAUUUGCAAUUGCGACUCACUCUAAAGAGCAUUUUAUUAUUCGUAGUAUAUGCAUCUUAGUUGCCACGCCUGACAUGGAGAUUCCCUGGUUAUCAUGAACACUGUUUUUGGUACUUGCAUUCUGAGAUGAAAAUGAAGUUCUUCUCAAAACACGAAUAUCCCUUCAGUGCGUAACACUUUGAACACCUGAACGUCCUGUUAUCUCCAAGGCAAUUUCCCUUUUGCUAAUAGUUUUGUUUGGAAGGUUUACGAGUCUGAAGCGGGCCUCAAUUGUUAUUUCGUUUUGUUUCAGGUCUCAUUUCGUGGAAUCUGACUUGAUUUGGAUUGCUUCCCCCACGGGUUGGCCAGUUCUCUCCAGCGUCAGUUUCUUCUCGACCUGGUCUGUUGGCGCUGGCACGUUUGUCCAUUAUGUUGCAUUUGUGACCGCCCGUGAAGCUUUGGAGACCCUUCAAAAGCAUCCGAUUACUGACGCACAAUUUAGCCAUUCACUUUACUUGAAAGCCUUAGACGACGAGGAUCUCAAGAGCCUUAGCUUCGCGAAAUUAAAACGCUUUUUUGUGGCUGGAGAGCCAACGAGCAAGCAUAUGAUUCGCAGAUGGAAAGAGGAAACAGGGAUAGAACUCUGGAAUUACUAUGGUCAAACGGAAACCGUACGAGUCUUGUAAAUAAACAGAGGUUCAUGGGUUUCCUGAUCGAGAGAGAGACUCAGGGACUAGAUACAUUUUCUUAUUCUACUUUUCGGUUUAGAACCUAGAAGACAUUGUAAUUAUCGCCAACGGGUGCGUGAUUUUAUAAAUGUUGGAAACAGAAAACUGACGAAAUUCACCCUUCGUACUAGUGAUUUAAUUAGAAUAAGUAUGAAAAUAAUUUUAGAAAAAGAUGUCUUUUCGUCUUGUCACGAGCGUGGGACAAAGAAAAAAUUCUGAUUCCCCAUGAGGUAUAGAACCUCAGACCUUCGGAUUCCACGCUCCGAUGCUCUACCACUGAGCCACAGAGACUCCACGGUGAGCGAGGUCUAUUACAAAGUCCAUAUGACACGCGUUCUGCAUACUGCUGGGAUCAGCAGAAUCUCUUAUUUCUAGCGCUGGGAUAUAUUUUAGUAUCAACAAUUAUUGUAAAUAGUGAACUGUAUUUCUUUAUGCAGGAUAUCUUGACUUUUCCAAGAGAACCUGGGGAUGAUUCCCGUCCCGAUUCAGUCGGGAAACUUCUUAACGGUAUCGAUAUGCUGGUAAGUUCUUAAAAAUACAUUUAUUGAAUGAUUAGAUUGCCCCCCCCCCCCUCUCUCUCCCUUUCCCUCCUUCCCCUUCUCUCCCUCCCUUUCUCUCUCUCAUUUUUCUUGAUGUUAUUGCGUCUCAGAUUGUCGAUGAUAAAUACAAUGAAGUAACCCCAGGUACACAGGGAAGAGUUGUUAUUCGUGUGAAGCCUUAUUGUCCCGUGGGAAUGUUCACUCGUUAUGUGGUAAGUUAGCCGCUAAACAACACAGUAAAUCUCAACGGUACAACAUCCAACACGCUUGCAAUUUCUAGAAAAAGUAGCAGUAAGACUUUAUGUGCCUUUUUGACCAUGAAUGUUCUCUUAAAUGAAUUUUUUUUGCAGGACGAUCCAGAGAAAACUGAGUCAUGUUUUUGCAGAGAUUUCUUUAUCACUGGUAAAAACAACGGAACUAAAGGGAACUAAAGAAAGAUGGGACUUUUUCCUCCAAGAAUUUGACGACUUAUUCUCAAUUGAAUGUUCUAAAAGAUUUUUUGGGAAAUUGUUACAACUAUUUUCAAAAAAAGUGGAUGGUUGUACAGUUAUAGCUAUGAAGUGGAAUUCUUUGCAUAUCCAGUGUUUCAUUUGGAUAGGGAUGCGACUAUCAGGAGAUGUGGACGUCUAAAUUGGCAUGAGUUUGUUUAACAAGAAGUAUCGACAAAGUAUUUCACCAUUCUACUCGGAUCCAAUUCGCUUUUACUCAUAUCUAAUAUGAAAACUACAUAUGAUGCAUGGAGUACUUCUUGAUUUUUGGGUUUUUUUUUUAGAUAAUAGUAUACUUAGCAAAUUGGUCAUAUUUUUGUUGAUAGGUGAUUUGGGUCGAAUGGACGAAGACGGUUAUUUCUGGAUCGUUGGAAGAACUGACGACGUUUUAAUCAUCGACGGGUAAGAGCAGGACAGUGCAUGUGAAGGUGAUUUUGCUUCACCAGCAUUUUCCAAUUCAGUCCAGUUACAUUUGACAAUUGUUUGUUCUAAUUUCCUAACACUCGUCGUCCAGUUGACUAAGAGCAGGAUAAUGCGAGUGAAGGUGAUUUUGCUUCACCAGCAUUUUCCAAUUCAGUCCAGUAACAUUUGACAAUUGUUAGUUCUAAUUUCCUAACACUCGUCGUUCAGUUGACUAUUUCUUUCAUUCUCUCUUUUAUUACGCAAGUUAUUACAACGGGGACUAGCUCUGGUCUCUCUAGGAAAGUGUGGGUCACCGCUUAUAAAGGUGACAUUUACGGAGCUGUCAGUCUAACCUUCGUCAUGCUUUUACACUUUACUGGCGAAUCACCCUAAGCUAUGAAGAGCGAAUAAUAUUCGCAUACCAAGUAGAUACCUUCGCGGUGUUUAGGCUUUACGAAAUGUCUUGCUAACUUAAAUCUCCUGGUCUUACGUCAAGUUCGGGUAAAACAAAAACAAGAUUGACAAUAUAAAAAAUUAUAAUAAACUUACUAACAUAAUUAAAAUCGGUAUGAACUGCUUGGGUGUUACAAUGGAAUGUUAAAGAUAUCUAAAUACUUAAAAUCGAACUUUGAUAUUUGUUUGCAUACACGCAAACGCGGCAAAAACUACUAAAACAAUUUGCUCAAAAAAGAUAUCGCGCUCAUUAGUGAGAUCGAUGACAGGCAAAUGUCGCCUUCUUAGUUCUGUCGCCAGUUGUAUCGCUGGCUGGUCGGGGAAAGCCGACGUUAACGUUUCAUUUCAAUCAAAAUGUACGAGGUGUAUCAGGUAUAGUUGUCACGUUGUUCGACAUCGAAGGCUGAUUCGGUAUCACUUUCCACAGAUCUGCUUGUGGCAGCUUUCGGAGGUCGACCGUGACCUGAUAAACAUUCAACAAUUAUUAUUAAGCACUCGUAGACAUAACCAGAUGUGUAUCAAUUACGUUAUGAAGCUGAAAAGAAGCUAAGAAAAUGACGGAAAAUUUAGUUGAAUCUUUUUAUUUGUGCUGAAGACGAUAGUUCACGGGGUGCUCCAUAGUCACAGCUGUUUCCCAGCCGGAAACUUCCCUUUGGUGUUUUCACCCUCUGUAUGCAUGGAAGCGUAACUGACUUGCUCACUCUAUUGAUUUAACCCACAUUCCAGAUGUAAAAUAAUCCCUGGCGACGUAGAAAACUGUCUUAAAGAACAUCCAGCCGUAUUGAACUGCGUUGUGGUCAGCGUUUCUUAUCUCAAUAGACAGGUAGGUCAUUUGAAUACUCAAUACUUAACGUUGGCUAAGGCUAAAAAGGCUGGAUUUCGAUAGUUGCUGUGAGCGAGAAAUCUCGAAAGAAGCGCACAACCAUAAGUUAAUGGUAAAAAGACGAAAACGAGGAGGCGAUAUAUAGAGAGACUUCAUCAUGUGUCUAAAGACUCAAUAGUUCGUGAGGGUUUCGCCUCAAUGCCACAGAGUUUCUUAGAUUUUACUUGUGCUCUCUGUGAACUUAAUUCUGGGGAAGGUGAGGUUAAGGCUGCAGUUACCAAAGAGGUUUCUCGGGUAAUUGAUAUGAAACUUUUUACCAUUCCCCUGAAAUGUGCCCUUGUGAAUUCACUUAGCCUUCACUUAGUCUGCACUUGCAACUCUCGCUCUUGUUCUCGUUCUUGAGAAGACUUCUUGUUCCAAAACUGGUAAAUAGGUCUUUUGGGCUCACCUUCGGUGCAAGAACCUAUUAAAUUCACGAGUGAAGUAGGGAAAAUGAAACAGAGAGGUUAAAAAAAUGGAGCUUAAGAAAAUGAUAGUGACAAACCAAAAAAGAGCUCCACUCGGUCUUACACCAUGGUAGAACCAUUUUGAUUAGGAGAUAUUUCAAGAAAUAUUUGCACUGUGUAGGAAAACUUGGAAUAGUCUGAGAAGAACUUCAAGAAGAACUUCUUGACUAUAUAACUGACUGCAGUUAUAUAUAGACCAUAUAAAGGCACUGAAUCGUGACUUAUUAUUGAUAAGACAUUCUGCUUGCGUUUGCUUUAGAUCAUGAAAGCUUUCAUUGUGUUAUCUAGUGGCUUCAAAAAUGAAAAUCAAGACCAUUUGAUCAAAACGCUACAAGAUCACGUGACAUACAAUAGUGCAUCCUGGAUGUCUCCAGAGAAGGUUGUAUAUAUAAUCCUAUCCUAUAAGUUUAAUCAGAGAAAUAGAUAAUACGAAUUUGAAAUGAAAAUCUUGAAAUAUGCCCAAAAUGAAACAUAAGCGUAAGAGUUGAAGCUAUGACAGCAUAUCUAAUAUACUGCUCGUGGAUUUGAUACUUUCAAGAUAGAAACAAGGAAAUUUUAACCCUUGCAAGGAAUUUUUAUGUAAAGAGGGAAAAUAACUCAUCAGGUCCCUCUUCCUUUACAGUAACGGCUACGUUUCAAAGAAAUUUGACGUGCUUAAUGUCUGUGCAUAAAGAGUAAUUUUACCUGUCAUGAAGCUCGUCUUUUCGAAAAUAUCAAGGGAUGUAUUCUCUAUAAUACAUUUUUAAGAUAUGUGCAUAACAAACUACAUUAUAAAUUUUAUCCAAUUUUACAGAUGGAAUUCAUCGAUGAUCUUCCAAAGACUGUAACGGGCAAGGUUGACAGACGAAAACUGCAAUGUGCUGAUUUGUGA